GUAACGUUUCGGACGAGAAUCUACCACUGUAACAUUAACAGCCAAGGCGUCAUCUGCCUGGACAUUUUGAAAGACAACUGGAGUCCAGCAUUAACCAUUUCUAAAGUUCUCCUCUCCAUCUGCUCCCUCCUCACAGACUGCAACCCGGCUGACCCCUUGGUUGGAAGUAUUGCCACUCAGUAUAUGACUAACAGAGCAGAGCAUGACAGAAUGGCCAGACAAUGGACCAAAAGAUAUGCUACAUAAGUUGAAUUUCUGUCAAACUCUAACAUUAUUUGUCUGUGAUGGAAAGAGCUGCUUAUGAUUUUGAAGGGGUAGGGGGAGGGAGGGUGCUGGUAAAGAGUAGGGUAUUUCUAUAACAGAUUUUAUUCAGUCUUUUAUUUCCUGAGAUUUUGUUGUUGUAACUUAAGGUAUCUUGCUACAGCAGACAGCUAGGAUUGGGAAUAGUAUAUUUUAAGACUGUAAUUAGUUCAGCAAUAUUAGUUCACAUAUAGUACCGAGAAGAAUGUAAACUUCUUAGACUUCCUUGGUUUUCAUUUUGCUUGCAAUAUGUAAAAGAUUAAAACAGCUUAAUUUUGUACAGGUACAUACGUUAACAUUUAUGUAAAAGUCUUCUCAAGACUCUACACACUGUUUUUCCUUUUUUGUUUCAAGCUUGCGGGAGUUAUUUUGUUCUGUGUGGGAUUUCUUUUUUUUUUUUUUUUUUUUCUUGUAAAACGAUGUCAGGAUUGUUUUCCCCUAUGGAGGGCACAUUGGUAUUUAACAAAUCGUUUUUAAAGACUGUCAUCUCAUGAUCUGUGAUAUGGAGAGGUGGAUGUAGGGCCUCAUAUAUGAAAUGAGAAGUAGUUAAUGUAUUAUUUUAUAAGCCAAUCUAUCUUUGUGAAAAGAAUGAAGGGUUUAAUCAGGACUUAUGGAACCUGUAGUGAAAUACCUUAAGCUGUUUAACUGUAAGGCGUGGAAUAGGAGUCACUCAGUGGAUUGGUUGUAUGUUGUGGGCUACUUAAGUCUGCAUUUGUUACUGUGCUAAUAAAAAGAUGUUUAAAAAAAAA